AUGAAGCUUCAUGUUUGGCCGGCAGAUUUCGGUCUACCAACCAUCGACGUAAAAUGCCUUCAGUUCCUGGCAUGUUCAAAGAUGUGUGCCAGUCCAGUCUCAGUGGUUUAUUCCUGCAGUCCCUGGAGCUCGCCUACUGGAGAGUAUCCCAUUCUUUUCGACAAAUCAAACCAGUCAAAAGCGAUCACCGAUUUUGACAGAUUUGUCGAUAUGUUGAGGAAAAGUGGUCAGGAGGUAGUGAUCGAUGCGGAAUUGACGCCUGCUGAACGUUCGCAAAUAGAUGCAUUUAGUUGUUUUCUGAAAGAGUUCAUAUAUCCAGCUGUGGCAAGCUUUUUAUAG